AUGGACAGAGUGAAGCUCGCACAAAAAGUAACGCGCAUUGCGUUUACGAGGGCAUACGCUGUUUUCCAAGCGGAAAAGGCGAGGCAACCGCUGGACAUAACCUCGCUACAAGUCGCGUACGCGCUGGUGCAAGAUAAAGCAAGCGAACUCAAGGAGUUGAGCCUGAAACUACGGAACUUGAUGAUCCAAGCCGAAGAAUCCGAAGAAGCCCUCUGCCGAGAAAUAGAGCAUGCGGACGAAUAUGCAGCGAAGUAUCAUCAAGCGAAAUUUGAGGUAACCGGAUUGAUUGAGAGGCAAGAAGCUCACGAGUCCACGCUGCCGGCACAGUCUCCAUCUCGACGGUCGUAUUCUGCACUCGCGAUGACACAGGAAAGUAUGCGCACACUAAAAUUACCAAAGAUUGAAUUAAGAAAAUUUGGAGGCGAUAUUAAAGAUUGGCUACCGUUUUGGGGGACGUUUAAGAAAAUUCACGUGAAUCCAGAAUUGGCUAAAGAAGAUAAAUUUCAUUAUUUAGUACAGUCUAUGGAAACGGGUUCGCGUGCAUGUGAAGUAGUAAGUAGUUUCCCGCCAACGGCGGAGAAUUAUGAGAAAGCCAUACAGAGCCUCGAGUCACGUUUUGGCAAGAAAGAAUUGUUGAUUGAAUUUUACGUGCGUGAACUUUUAAAGUUAGUUUUGAAUAAGAGUAAAAAGGUGUCGCUUGCGACGAUUUAUGAUAAAUUAGAAACGCAUAUGCGAUCGCUUGAGACUCUAGAUGUAACAACAGAUAUGUGUGCGGCGAUGUUAUUUCCGUUGGUAGAAUCUGCGCUGCCAGAAGAAACUUUGCGAACGUGGCAACGAGUAAUGACGUCGUCAACGCUGCAAACAGAUACAUCUAGUAUAAAUCGCACAGCCAAGGAUCGUCUUAUUAAUUUGAUGUCUUUUCUAGGAAGAGAGGUUGAGAACGAAGAGCGUAUUCUAAUGGCUAAGACAUGUUUCGAGAGUAGCGAUACCCAGGCAUCUAAAGAUAAAGAUAAGAAGAGAACGAGAUGCGAUCAAGGUCAAGGAGUAGCUACAGCAGCUGGUUUAUUAUCCGUGAAAGAAUCCAAGGCACAACCAUGUUUGUUCUGUGGAGAGAAACAUCAUAGUUCGAGUUGUGAAAAGGCGAAAGGCAUGGAUAUGGACGAGAGAUCUAAGAUCGUUAAAGAAAAAAAUGGCUGUUUCAAAUGUCUAAAGGUAGGACAUAGCUAUAAGAAAUGUUACAGCAAAGAAAAAUGUCCCUGGUGCAGUAAAGGACACUGCCUCUUGAUGUGCCGAAAUCUUUCGAGUAAUAGCGGCCAGAAAUCGGUUGAUGAGAGGCCCAACGGUUCAAAAUUCAACGAGGGAAAUAGUUGUUUGGCUAAUAUUUCAAGUGCCAAAAUAUUUUUACCUAUACUGAAGAUCAGGAUGCGUGGACCGAGAGAAAGUGUAUCUGUUCGUGCCAUUGUAGAUACAGGCUCACACAGAUCCUACAUUUUGAAGAGGUUAGCAAGGGAUCUAGGAUACGAAGCAGAAGGUGAGCAAACGAUGGUGCAUUUACUUUUUGGAGGAACGAAGACUAAGCCUCAAAAACACAAAAGCUAUCGGAUCCACAUUGAUAACUUGGAAGGAACGUAUAAGUGUGAUUUUAUAGCCUUACAACAAGACACUAUUUGCCAAGAUGUUCCCAACAUAGGCACCGGCUUGUGGACGGAGGCGCUUAAAGAGAAGAAUGUCCAUCUAAGCGACACCGGUGAAAGUAGAGAGUCUAUUUCUUUGUUGAUCGGAGCGGACGUUGCGGGCAAGCUAUUUACAGGCAAAAUCAUACAACUGAACCAAGGAGCGACGGCUAUCGAGACGAAGCUUGGAUGGACGAUUUUAGGCAGAAAUUCAGAAGAAAGUAGUGACACAGACACUACGCUGAUGGUCGUCUCCAUGUUUUCUCAAGAGGCCAGCGUGUCAGAUUUAUGGAAACUAGACACGUUAGGAAUUACUGACCCGAUCGAGAGCAUAAGUAAAGAGGCACGACAAGAAGAAAUUAAGGCAUUGCUUCAAGAGACAACAAAGAUUACCGAAGAAGGACGUUUCGAAGUCAUCUUACCCUGGAAGGAUAAUCAUCCGCCCUUGCAAGAUAACAGGGACAUGGCUAAAAGAAGAUUGAAUGUCGUCACGAAGAAAUUGAAACAAGAAAACUUAUUCGACGAUUACAAUACAAUCUUCAGCAACUGGCUCGAGGAGGUUGUCAAGAGAGAAGGAACCACUAGGAUUCGACUCGUUUUCGAUGCCUCGGCCAAGAAGAAGGAAACGCCGUCGCUCAACCAGUGUUUAGAAACGGGACCCAAUCUUAUUGAGCUUGUUCCAGCAUUGCUGCAUCGAUUCAGAGAAAAGAGGAUAGGAGUAACAGCAGAUAUUGCUAAAGCCUUUUUACAAAUUAGCGUUUCUCCAUCAGAUAGAGAUGUCCUAAGGUUUUUGUGGUGGGAUACUAACGGCGAAAUCGAGACUUAUCGUCAUCGUCGGGUUGUUUUCGGAAUAACUAGCAGCCCUUUCCUUCUAGGAGCCACCAUAAAAUUACUCAUUGAGAAUACGUUAAAUUCUACUGUUUCGACACACGAGAAAUUAAUUUACAAGAAAUUGCUAAGAUCCUUUUACGUUGACGAUUGCAUCACCAGUGUCGAUUCUUACGAGGACUUCGAGAUUUUUCAGAGAGAAGCAAGUUCCGUUUUGGAUAAAGCAAGAUUCGACUUAAGAGACUGGAAGUACACAGGCCUGAGAUGCAAGACUCGAUCGACAGUACUUGGACUAAUAUGGAAUACUGAAGAGGAUACUCUUUCGUUGUCGGGUUUCCCCCUACAACCCACCGCAGAAAGGAUAACGAAGAAAAUUGUUUUAUCGCACGUGCAGAAGGUUUUUGACCCAUUAGGAGUGAUCUGUCCUGUGUUGAUGAAAGCAAAACUACUGCUACAGCGCCUUUGGAGCGAAGGUUUAAAUUGGGACGCGGAAAUUGAUCCGGAUAGAAAAAAGGAGUUCUUGGAUUGGGCGCAGCAACUGGAUCUUCUCCGGAUCUUGAGGUUCCCACGCUGGAUUUUCGGUGAGAUAAGAAAUACAGAUACAUUGUCCCUGCAUAUGUUCGUAGAUGCAAGCAAAGAUGCAUAUGCCGCUGUUCUUUUCGUGCGUAUCGAAUCAGACACGGAAGUCAAGGUUCAUCUGGUGGAAGCUAAAUCGAGAAUAGCACCCAAAAGCAAGAAAACGAUACCGCGUCUCGAAUUACUGGCUGCUUCCAUUGGAGCGCGGAUGAUGCAUUCUUUCGACAAGGCAAUGGAUUAUCGAGAUAUUAAAAGAUAUUUUUGGAGCGAUUCGACUACUGUUCUAGCAUGGAUACGACAGACAAAGCAAUGGGCUGUAUUCGUGUGGAAUCGCGUUCAAGAAAUAAGAAGUAUCACAAAUGUCGAGUCUUGGAGAUAUGUGCCGGGGGUUAUGAAUCCUGCGGAUUUACCUUCACGAGGAUGUGAUGCCAAGAAAUUACUCGAGUCAAGAUGGUGGGAGGGGCCCGAAUGGCUAAAGCUGCCCCCGGAAGAAUGGCCGAAGGAUGAAUUUAUAGAAGCCUUCAGAAGAUUUAUAGCCAGACGAGGAAGGCCUUCUGUAGUAUAUAGCGAUAAUGGCAGAAAUUUCGUAGGAUUAGCGAAUUUACUACGAAAAAUUAAUUGGCAGAAAAUUCAGCGAUAUUGCUCUCUUAGCCAAAUCGAAUGGAAUUUCAAUCCACCUUCAGCUGCUUGGUGGGGAGGAUGGUGGGAGCGCCUCAUCCGCAUCCUCAAGGAUUUGCUAAGGAGAACGCUGAGGAGAACUUCGUUGAGUUACGAAGAGAUGAACACGGUCUUGUGCGACUGUGAAGCUGUUAUGAAUUCAAGACCGCUUACUUACAUGACAGAAGAGAGUACUGAGACCAUGGCAAUCACUCCAGACAUGUUCAUUAGAGACGUCAAGGAAGCUGGCGUUCCCGAUUUGGACCAGAUCAGCAAGACAAACUUUGCAAAGCGGAUCCGCUAUCGCCAAAGUCUAAAGGAAGAAUUGAGAAGGCGUUUUCGCAUCCAGUAUCUAGGACUAUUAUCCAGACGGACGAAAUGCAAGAACAGUUUCACGCAGGUUGCAGUUGGCGACGUAGUACUAGUCGGAAACGACACCCAAAGACGUUUGGAUUGGCCGCUGGCAAUAGUCAAAGAAGUCUUUCCUGGAAAGGACGGACAUACCAGAGUUGUGAGACUGAAAACGGAAAAGGGAGAAUUAAUUCGCCCAAUACAAAGACUGAUCCCGUUGGAGGUGGGUCAUCACGCGGGAAAAGCUAGCAGAGUCCGUGAGUCAAUCAAAGCUUCGCCUCAGGAUGGAGAGAGUCCGGAGUCUGCCCCGCAGGAGAAGCAGGAGUCGGUCGUCGAGGAGAAGCCGGAGUCUGUUCCUACAGAAGAAACGGAUCUAAGAACUCGGAGCGAAUGA